AUGGAGCAGCUCCAAGAAACACCGCACGGAGAUGGAAAUCUCAAGGCCGCCCCAGAUCCCGGACUCGGAGGCGGCAAUGGCGGCUGCAUCGCUCCCAAUGGCACCCUCCCCUGCGGCUGGCUCGGUCGUCUGUCCCGCGAGCUGCAUUGGAGCUUCGUGCUCGCCGUCGUCGCCGUCUACGGCGCCUGCCAGGGCGUCGGCUCCUCAUUCGGCAGCGUCGCCGCGGGGUACUACUGGAAGGACGUGCAGCGCGUGCAGCCGGCCGCCUCGCAGUUCUACCAGGGCGUCGUCAACGUGCCCUGGGUCGUCAAGCCCCUGUGGGGCCUCUUCACCGACGUCGUCCCCGUCGCCGGCUACCGCCGCCGCCCGUACCUCCUCCUCGCAGGUGAGCCAAUGCUUUGCUUGCUACGGUCAACGUCGUUCUGA